AUGUCUGAUCAAGCUCCUAGUGAUACUGAAGUCUAUAAAAUUGAGCAUCAGGAUGCUGAUAUGACAGAAAUUCCAAGCAAUCUUUGCAACUGGGAUACUGAGUCAAGUCUACAAGAUAAGUAUCCAGAUGAGUUUCAAAAUAUAAAACCCUUCUGGGGGAAAAUUGUGAAGAUUAAAUUUGAAAAUAACAAAAUCAAGAGACUUCCAAACAUCAAUUGUUUAGUUCGCCUUGAUGAGAUGAAUCUUAGAAACAAUCAAUUGCAGCAUGUGUCAAAUACUUCGUUUACAAAUCUCCGGAAUCUGAGAUCAAUAUUAAUGUCUGGGAACCAGAUCACAGAAAUUGAUCCAAAUAUUCUAAUAUCCCAGUCAUUGUCAUACUUAUUUCAUGUUGACUUCAGUAAAAAUGUAAUGUCAAAACUAGAUGUUUCAAACAUGUUCACAUUGUACCCAUUCUGUAAUAUAGACUAUAGUUCAAAUGAAAUAACAGAUUUAGUAAAUGAGGGAGAUUUUACAAUGGACAUAGAAAAAUCAUAUGGACCAGGAUAUGUAGGUGUAUCUAAUAAUAAAUUAAGUACCUGGCCAGAUUUUCAAACCCUUUUUCGUUUAGAUGAUAUAACACAACUUGGGCGUUUGAUUUAUUUUGGAUUCGAUUUUCGAGGAAUGAGCCUAGUCUGUGACUGCAAUGUUCAACAAUUUCUGGAGAAGGCAUAUAACAUUAUAAAUGCUUUAUGGCGAAGCUACAUGAAUUUAACAUGCAGUGAACCAGCAAGUCUUGCUGGCCAUCUUGUCUGGGACAUCUAUAAAAAAGAACCUGAAAAGUUUGUUUGUCCAGUUGAAGAUGGUUGUGACCCAAGAUGUACUUGUGUUGAUGAACCUAAAAAGAACACAUCUUUUAUUGACUGUUCAAACUCUGACCUUAAGUGGUUACCUGGAAUACCUUACUCUCGAUUUUCUUACUUUGUGGCAUUAAAUGUAUCAAACAAUCAAAUAUCAACCAUAGGAAAUGUGUCAUACCUUCAUAGAAUAUCUAUACUGGAUAUUUCUAGAAACAAUCUAAAAGAAAUAAACACUAUUGCAAAUCAUCUUGAUAAUGCCACAUAUAUUGACAUAUCGAACAACCCAAGAUUAAGGCAACUUCCACAAAUGUUCCAGUACCAUAAUGUGUGCUCUCGUCAUAUGAAAAACCUUCAAAUAAGCUGUGACUGCCAGUCAAAAUGGAUUGAAAAAUGGGUUCAUUCGAGGUCAUGUAAUGAAUUCCAAGAUUAUUUCUUUCAAUGUGAAAUUCCUAAAAUUGGUAUAAGGAGAGCUGUUGACUUCAAUCCUGAAGAUCUAGAAUGUUCGCCAGAAGGUUUCCUGUUUUAUUUUGAGAUUAUUAUUGCUGGAGUAAUUCUGAGCCUUGUCUUAAUAGGAAUUCUUGUGUACACCUUCCGCUAUGAAUUACUUAUCCUUUGCCUUCGUAUGAGACAGAAAAGUAGAAACAUUGUUGUUCCUCUCAAUGAAUAUGAUGUUUUCCUUUCCUUCAAUGAUGCAGAUGACGAUGUUGACGGAUGGGUAAAUAGUAUACUUGUGCCAGAACUUACAAAUGCUGGUUACUCAGUCUUUCAGCCAAACCGAGAUGUUGCAUUUGGGUCUGAAAGAGACUCAGAAAUAAUUGACAUUCUAUCUAAAACACACAACUUCCUCACAAUAAUGUCUGAAAGUUAUAUCCAAGAGAGUGAAGACGGAAUGAGAUCAUGGACCGAGAACGAAUGGAAAUAUGGUUGGAACAAUUUCAAAAGUGACAGAUCCAAGAACAUAGUACUUGUUAACUUUGACUAUUUGUCAUCAUUUGAUGUCAACCAACCACAGAUAAAAGCCUUUCUACGAGUUGGCUGCACUGUCGACUUUAAGAACUAUGACAGGAAAAUCAUGCAGCAAAUCUUUGAAAAACUUGGGAAACCUUGCAGAAUUCCUUCCCUUGCUGUUAAAACAUUUGACAACAAAAAAGUUAAUUUUAAUAAAUAGGACAUCUUUAUGGUAGCAACUACAGAUGUCAAACUUCAUUCUCAAAUGCCUAACAUAGAUGAAGAGCAAGCAGAUAUUCAAAUCAAAAGAAAUGUUUUGUUAAAUCCAGGUCACAUUGAAUGUAAACCACCAGAAAAUGGACAACAGAAACAUAACAAAACUUUAAAACCAGUUGAGCAAAGAAAAGUUUGUAAACACAGGAAGUGCUAUGCAUGUAGACAUGGAAGCACAAAUACUUAAAAUAUGUAAAAUAAGUCAUGAAGUUUAAGUUUAGUACAGGAGUUUCUUUUUAUAGUAUAUUAACCAGCGGUUGCAAUUUCACUUAAAAUAUUUGACAUAAUUAUUAUGUACCAUUGCAUAAUAUUUUUAAAAUUAACUUGACAUUGGGUACGUGAGCCCCAGGUAGCACAGAUAAUCAUAGACCACUUGUACUGCUAGCUGUUUGCUUGGCACCAACAGCCAUUUUCAGGGCUACCCCCUUUUCAUAAUGUCACAGGUUGCUGUACAUUAAGGUUCUCAUUGACCGCCGUACAGUAAAUUACUUUUGGCUCAAAAUUCAUAUCUUUGGCUUAAUACUCUGUGGAAAUUGCAUGGAUAUAAAUCAUUACCACUUUGUGCUUCAAAAUUAACCCUUUGAGGGCAUGACUGAUGACAUGUCCGGGGUGUAAUUAUUACUCCAACAGCAAAAACUGCUUUUUGUGCCUUACCGGUGGAUGGACCCUCAUUAAAAAUAAACUACAUACAUACAUACAUACAUGGGUAUCAGAAGUAAAUUUAAUCAAACAUCUCAAGGACUUUUGACUGCAAUUUGACCAAUCAGAUAAGUUGUUACAUAUAGUGCCACCUGUAGGUAGAUGCUCAAUAGCUCCCUCUGGGAUUCAGAAGUCCAUUUAUACAAGCAUCUCAGAAAGUUUUGUCAUUCUGCUGCUAAUUUUUGAAGAAGUAACAUCUCCAAAAGCUCCCUAAGGUUAAUUAAUAAAUUUAUUUAUUUAUUUAUUUAUUUUAGGCAGUUUGGCAUAUAAAUGAACCUCAGAGAUUAUCUUAAUUCACUGAAACAUUUUUGAUAAAUUUGCAUGUAAUUUUAACAUUUUUUUACAGCGGUAAUUAAGAUUAAUUAAUAUCUUUUCUUUGUUCUCAUUGGCAGUCAUCUUGAAAUAUUAGAUCUUUAUUUUUGUUAAUAUAGAUUAAAACAGGGCUUGCUACUACAAUUGUAUUAAGAUAUAUCAGAUAAAUAGCACUGAAUCAUUAGGGGUUUUUUUUCUUCAUAUUUUCAGAUGUUACAUUUUUAACAACCUUCAAUUGGUUUUAAGUUUAAAUCUUUUAUGCAACUAGUUAAUUUUGAUAAUCAUAUUUUUGGGUAAAAAAAAAACAACAUUUUCUAUUAAA